AUGUCGGAUCGUGAUAAGAACAGCAGGGGGCCGAAGUACUUACAGUACACACCACUCAACACCAGCCGGGCUAGGGUGUUGGAACAGGCCUUAGCCACUGAGGUUUUGGCCGUUCCCCAAAGAGCCAUCACCCCACCGUGCGUCGACAAAACAAAAGCAUGCCAGUUCCACCGAAAUAGAGGGCACACUACUGAAGAGUGCUCUGCCCUUCGUGAUCGAAUUGAAGAUCUUGUUAAGGUGGGACACCUCCAAAGCUUUGUUCAAUCGUUAGACAACCAAAGGAGCGACAACCGUACGGGUAGGGGAGAAUACCGAAGGGAGAAUCAGGAUCGAGCGCCCCGGCGGAACCAAUCCCGCGAGCGUAGUAGGUCCCAAGAUAGAACCAGUCAACGCGACCGGAAUCAGCCCAGACGAGUCAUAAACACCAUAGCCGGAGGCUUUGCAGGAGGAGGAAGCUCAUCUUCGGCCCGAAAGAGACACUUGAGGGCCAUUAAAUCGAUCAACGCUAUAAAAAAGGCAUCUCCCAUUCGUAUGCCCCCUAUAACAUUCACUGACCGAGAUUUUCAAGGCAUCGACCGAGUACAAGAUGACCCCAUGGUUAUCAGUGUAGAGAUCAAUAACUGUAUCGUGAAGAAGACUUUGGUCGAUCAGGGGAGUUCGGCGGACAUUCUAUACUGGAAGACAUUCGAGCAAUUGGGCAUUCCGGAGUAG